UGUACCCAUCAGUUUGCGAUCUGGAUCUUCUGGGCAGGUUCGAUUGUGUUCACUGGAAUACUGUCUAUGUCAGCUAUCCUGACUAUUUCAAGCUGGUCUGGCGAUCCCCAAGUCGCUUCUUGUCGCAAUCCCGCCAUACGGCGCGAGUGGCGCGCGCUCACGGCCGACGAGAGGAAGGAUUUCACUGACGCCGUAAACUGCCUGAGUCGAGAACCUGCGCGUUGGGGACCUAACGGAACAGUCUAUGAUGACUUCUCUCUGCUGCAUGAAAGAACUGGAUCGUUGUCUCAUGGAUCUGCUUCAUUCUUGCCAUGGCAUAGGUACUUCCUCAAGGCGUGGGAGUCUGCGUUGAAAGAACAUUGCGAUUUCAAAGGACAAGUACCCUACUGGGACUGGACCAUGGACUGGAUGGAUCUCGCCGCAUCAUCAAUAUGGAACAACGAGACAGGCUUCGGCGGCGACGGUGACCCUAAGAGUUCUCUUGCAGUUGGAGGAGGUCGUUGCGUCACCGAUGGCCCAUUCUCCCAUUUGCGUCCCACCAGAUACAACCGCACCUACGUGGAACACUGUCUAGCUCGUGGCUUUAAGACCACCGAUACAGCUGGCCGUCCUCUCGGCCCUUGGUUUGGCCCGGAGUCUAUCGGAAAGCUUAUCAGGUCGCCGAGCUACCGGGAGUUCGAGUGGGAGAUGGAGAAUCGACUGCAUAAUCGCGUUCAUCGCGCUGUGAGCGGUGACUUCUUGGCUUUUGCUGCCGGAAACGACCCAGUCUUCUACCUGCAUCACGCGCAGAUUGAUCAUCUUUGGUGGAAAUGGCAGCAGGAAGAUGCAAAGACAAGACUAUAUCAGUACGAAGGGGAGCGCCAGCGCGAUUCGACUGGAAACGCUACUGUGUCGGAUAUUCUUCGAUUCGGCGGGUUCAUAGAAGAUGUUCCGGUCUCGCAUGUUAUGGACACGCAGAACAAAUUCUUAUGCUAUCGCUACUGA